UUUGUCAAUUAGGGUAUGUGGUAGUACUGAAUUGUGGUUUUUCCUUUCAAUUACAGUUAAGUUUGCUUUAUUUGUAACCUUGUUCUUUGUGUUUGUUUGUUGUUGUAAUUGUUGUGGUAGAAAUGGAGGAGAAUAAGAUUGUUCUCAGAUUUAAAUAUUUAAGUGUAACUAUAGACAUUGAAUAUGAAGUAGGCAGAAGUAACUUGUUGGAUACAGCUAUAGGAUUUGAUGAUCAACUUUGUGAGAUGGAUGAUCCAUUAGAAGGAUCAGUUGAACUGUUGCACCCUACAUUCCAGUAUGUGUAUAAAGGGAAGUUUAGGAAUUUAGAAGAUGAUGGGGAUGUGUUCAAGAUGAUUAGGAGGUUACCUAAUAAGGAGGUGUACACCAUACAUGUUGGGACCACAGAUGAUCCUGGGUUUUUGGCUGAUUGUAUGUUGGAGUACAGGAUGAAACAGAAUGGUACAUGGCCCCCCCUGGUUACCCUCAUUAUGGAGCGCAACCACCACAGGAUGAAGAUGUCAUGGAAUAACUCAUCUCCCACAAACCAGAGGAAAUGCAAUUGUGGAUUACCUUUAGCAAAAUUGACUUCUUGGACAAAUGAGAACCCUGGGAGGAAAUUUUUGGCUUGCAAGUUCUAUGACCCUAAAACUGAAACAAGGGGGUGCAAGGCUUUUGAAUGGGUGGACAAUGAAGAUGGUACUGAUUGGCAAAGAGUUGUCAUUAACCAACUGCUCCUUGACAAAAAGUUGAUGAAAGGUGAAAUCAACUCUUUGAAAAGGGAUGUGGAUGACUUGACUGGCCAGAGAAGGUGUUUGCUUAAUGAGGUUGACACCUUACAACUGAAAUGCAAGGCCCUCACUGGUGAUAGGAAGAAAUUGAUCAGAAGCAGUGGUUGUGACAACAAGCUCCAAGUUUAUUUAGUUGUGUUGUGUUCUGUUUUGUUGGUUGUCCUAGGUUAUCUUGUAAUGAAUAAAAUGGUUUAA